AUUUAAUAACAUAGCUAUGUAUUCGAUCAGUGACGAUGGUAAAAUAUCGAAUGAUUUGUCUACUAAUUCCAAGUCAAUAAACAGAUUUAAUUGCAAAUCUAAUUACAUGAAAAUUAUAAAACGAGAACGUCUUUCCGGUGGAGCGGAUAAUAACGAUAUCAAAGAAAGUGUAGAAAAUUCGGUAGAAAAUAAUAGUGUAGAAGCAACAGCUUCCAUAGAACCUACACAUACCACAGAACCACCUACAGCUUCCAUAGAACCUGUCGUAGAAUCAACCAUAGAAAAUUCUAAAAGCAAUCACGAAGAACAUUCUAAGCAAUACCCUAAACAAAAAUCUGAUUUAAAUGACAUUGAUUUGCCAAGUGGUCCAUGCUGCAUUUGUGCAUCACAUUUAAUAAGCGAUAAUAAAAUCAAUGAAAUAAUUGAUUAUGCUCAUCAAAAUCUUCAAGAUGCAGGCAAAGCAUUAGCAACGUUAGGAGAGAACUUCGAACACGGUUUAAAGUUGGCGAUCGUCGACGUACUAGGAAGAAUUCAACAAUGGAGUAUCACAGUACAAAAUAAAUUAGAUAUUUGCAAAGGAGAUAUAGAACGUUUACAAGCAGAACUGUUAUCACAGAUAUGUGCAAUUAAUGAUAAGGAGAAUAAAAUAAGGGAGCUUAAUAAACAGAUCGCAGAUCUUAUGGCUGAAAUUAAUCGACUUAAGCAAGAGCUAGCUGAAUGCAUGGCUACAAAAAAUCGUAUUGUACAAGAAAACCAUUCGGCACAACAAAAACACGUUGCACAAGAAAAAGAGAAACCUCAUGAAAAAAUAACGGAAGAUACCCCAACAGUAAAAAGACCAAGAGAACAGUUAACAGAAAAACCGGUCGAAAAAACGAUCGAAAAAACAAUCGAAAAAACGAUCGAAAAACCAUUUGAAAAACCGUUUGAAAAACCGAUCGAAAGAAUCGCAAAGGUUGAAGAAAUGAGGGCUACAAAGAUACAAUCUCGUGAAAAGGAUAAGGAAAGAAAGAGACGUGAAAUGGAGAUGGAAUGUGAGAUUGAUUGUCUUAAAAAGGAAAAUGAAAGACUGAUGAAGGAAAAAAUUGAUUAUGAGAAUGCUAUACAGCGAGCAUUAUUACGUGGAGUAUCGUCUCUUAAUGUAGAAGCUUUAAGAGUAUUACGUUGUCCUCCAAUACCAUGUUGUAGUCCUUGUGCUCCUUGUCCACUGUCUUUUAUACCUCCGUGCGAAGAAACUGUUCCAUGUCCUACAAAAGUGAAAAGGCCUUGUCCAGCACGUUCAGCGAACAAAGAACAUUGUAAUAGAUGUAGAAAUGAAAAUGGAAAUGGAAAUGAAAAUGAAAAUGGAAAAAGUUGGAAAUAUGAUCAGUGCGAUUCUAUGAUCAAACAACUCUGUGCCAGUUCUUGUUGUCCUUCAGGAAAAAGUCGACAAAAUUCCGACAAUAGCAUGUACUUCCUCUUGCAUCAGGGUGACGCCGAAAAUGUAUGUAGAUCAAACGAAAGACCAUCUCCACGUCCAUGUGGUUCACCGAUUAUGAAGAAGAUCGAAAUACCUCCUAGUUCAAGAUAUAGAUAGACUAUGAUAAUAUAUCAUAGACUAU